AUGGCAAGUCUGUUCACCGCUGUGGCCCUGCUGGCCGUGCUGUCCGGUGGGCUCUGUGAGGAGAAAAGCUUUCUGCAGCGCGCUGGCGUGGCCUUUAACAGCAGACAGUACAAAUCCAUACUCACCGUGAACAACGGAGAGCAGUUUGGAAACUGGACCUGGCCUGAGAUGUGUCCCGACAAGUUCUUUGCUGUUGGCUUCAGUGUCAGGGUGGAGCCCAACCAGUACGGGUUGGACGACACCGCCUUGAACGGGAUCCGCCUCAUUUGCGCCAGGGAUGAGGACCGAAGCUUCCUCUACUCCAUUGAGUCCCACACUGGCUACUUCGGUGACUGGUCCCAGCCCCAGUACUGCCCCAGAGGCGUGCUCACCUCUUUCCAGAUCCGCGUGGAGCCCCAUCAGGGCCUGUUCGGUGACGACACGGCCAUGAACAACAUCAAGUUCCGCUGCAGCAGCAACCCGACGCUCGAGGGGCCCGGCACGGAAUGGGGAGAGUACGGCUACUGGAGCCAGGAGUGUGUCGAUGGAGGAAUCUGCGGCAUCGAGAGCAAGAUGGAGGAAUACCAGUAUGGCCUCGAUGACUCGAGCCUCAAUGAUGUGCGCUUCCAUUGCUGUGCCAGGACUGUGCAGUGACCGGCAGGUGAACAACAAGCAGACCUGAGCAGUUUGAUCCAGUCUGUCUCCAACAACCUGAA